AUGUUUGUCUGCCAGCUCGUCGUCGCCAUCGUCGGCAUGGUGGCCACGUCUGACGUUGCCAACAAGGUGCUGAUCGCCUUCGUGUGCAUCUACAUCUUCUUCUUCGCCAGCUCCUGGGGCCCCGCGGCGUGGGUGGUGACGGGCGAACUGUUCCCGCUCAAGGCCCGCGCCAAGUGUCUCUCCAUCACUACUGCUACUAACUGGCUCCUCAACUGGGCUAUCGCCUACGCCACCCCUUACAUGGUCAACGCAGGUCCCGGCAACGCUAACCUGCAGUCGAAGGUUUUCUUUAUCUGGGGCGGCUUCUGCCUCCUUGCCGCCGUUUUCGUCUACACAUGCAUCUACGAGACCAAGGGGCUUAGUCUGGAGCAGGUCGACGAGCUCUACUCUAAGGUUUCGGCGGCAUGGCGCUCGCCGGGCUUCCGGCCUUCGGUCAAUUACACCGAUGUGCAGGACAUUGCGUCAGGGAGCUCUGGGCCGGGGUCGACCCUGGCCGAGCUGGAGGCUGAUGCUCAGGUGAAGCGGGACUUGCAGCACAUUGAGAAGGCGUAG